AUGCUGGAUUCUUCCCAGAAGGGUCUCUACAAAGAUGUGAUGUUGGAGACGUACAUGAAUCUCACUGCUAUAGGCUACAAUUGGGAAGACUAUCAUAUUGAAGAACAUUGUGAAAAUUCUAGAAGACAUGAAAGGCAUGUAAGAAGUCAUACUGGAGAGAAGCCAUAUGAAUGUAAUCAAUGUGGUAAAGUCUUAGCAAAUCUCAGUAAUCUAAAAAGACAUAAAAUGACACAUACUGGAGAGAAACCUUAUAAAUGUAGUCAAUGUGAUAAAGCCUUUGCAAGACCCAGUCAUCUCCAAAGACAUAAAAUAACACAUACUGGAGAGAAACCUUAUGAAUGUAACCAAUGUGAUAAAGCCUUUACAAGAUCCAGUCAUCUCCAAUAUCAUAAAAGAACACAUACUGGAGAGAAACCAUAUGAAUGUAAUCAAUGUGGUAAAGCCUUUGCAGGUCACAUUGAUCUCCAAAGACAUAAACUGACACAUACUGGAGAGAAACCUUAUGGAUGUAAUCAAUGUGGUAAAGUCUUUACAAGAACCAGUCAUCUCCAGUAUCAUAAAAGAACACAUACUGGAGAGAAACCAUAUGAAUGUAAUCAGUGUGACAAGGCUUUUACAAGAUCAAGUCAUCUCCAAUAUCAUAAAAUAGCACAUACUGGAGAGAAACCUCAUGAAUGUAAUCAAUGUGGUAAAGCCUUUACAAGACCCAGUCAUCUCCAAACACAUAAAAUGACACAUACAGGAGAGAAACCUUAUGAAUGCGAUCAAUGCGGUAAAGCCUUUGCACAGAACAGUUAUCUCCAAAUUCAUAAAAGAACACAUACUGGAGAGAAACCUCAUGAAUGUAAUCAAUGUGGUAAAGCCUUUGCAUGUCACAGUGAUCUCCAAAGACAUAAAAGAACACAUACUGGAGAGAAACCUUAUGAAUGUAAUCUAUGUGGUAAAGCAUUUGCAUGUCACAGUAAUCUACAAAUGCAUAAAAGAACACAUACUGGCGAGAAACCUUAUGAAUGUAAUCAAUGUGGUAAAGCCUUUGCACAGCAGAAUGAUCUCCAAAGACAUAAAAGAACACAUACUGGAGAGAAACCUUAUGAGUGCCAUCAAUGUGGUAAAGCCUUUGCACGGCGCAGUCAUCUCCAAUAUCAUAAAAGAACACAUACUGGAGAGAAACCUUAUGAAUGUAAUCAAUGUGGUAAAGCCUUUGCAUGUCACAGUAAUCUCCAACAUCAUAAAAGAACACAUACUGGAGAGAAACCAUAUGAAUGUAAUCAAUGUGGUAAAGCCUUUGCACAGCGCAGUAAUCUCCAAUAUCAUAAAAGAACACAUACAGGAGAGAAACCUUAUGAGUGCAUUCAAUGUGGUAAAGCCUUUGCCUAUCGCAGAAAUCUCAAAUAUCAUGAAAGAACACAUACUGGAGAGAAACGUUAUGAAUGA